AUGCGCCUUAUCAAACAAAAUAUCGAGCGAGAUGGCUCAGGCUCUAUCACACUCUACCCUGAAGAACCAGAAGACAUGUGGCAUGCCUAUAAUCUCAUUCAACCCACCGACCUACUCCGCGCAUCUGCCAUCCGUCGAGUUACGACCGAAUCCUCAACCGGCAGUACAUCCUCCACUCGGGUCCACAUAACCCUCUCCAUACGUGUAACAUCCAUCGACUUUGAUCCUCAGGCUGGGCAACUGCAUGUCAGCGGGCGCGUGUCUGAAGAGAACAAAUGGGUGAAGGUCGGGGCCUAUCAUACCCUCGAUUUGGAGUUACAGAGGAAUUUCACGCUAGAAAAAAGCGAGGGAUGGGACUCGGUGUCUCUAGACGUGGUGAAAGAGGCUAUAAAGCAGGAUAAAGAGGGAACGGUACCUGCGGUUGUUAUGCAGGAAGGAUUGGCGAAUAUCUGUCUGAUCACAGAGUACCAGACUGUGUUGAAGCAACGGGUUGAGACUGGCAUACCGAGAAAACGAUCGGGGAGAGCGAGCGAUCACGACAAAGGCUUGUCAAAGUUUUACCAAGUUACAUUGGAAACUCUGUUGCGGCAUGUGGAUAUCACCCAACCAAGACCGCUACUGCUAGCAAGUCCCGGAUUCACUGCUGCGGGUUUUCAGAAAUACAUCAUUGAUGAAGCAACUCGGACGGGAAACAAGGCUUUAUUAGCAAAUAAGAGCAAUUUUGUCGUGGUACACUCGAGUUCCGGGCAUCUACACAGUUUGAAUGAGGUGCUGAAGAGUCCAGAAGUUCUGGCUAAGCUAAAGGAUACAAAAUAUGCGCGGGAGACCCGCUUAAUGGAUGAUUUUCUGACGCUGCUCCGCAAGGAUGAUGGAAGGGCAUGGUAUGGUCCUAGUGAGGUUGAGAAGGCUGUGGAGAAAGGGGCGGUUGGACGAGGUGGAGGCGUGCUCCUCAUUAGCAAUGCCCUCUUUAGGAGCCAAGAGAUAGGCACGAGGAAGCGCUGGGUGACGCUGGUAGACAAAGUCAAGGAGGACGGCGGGGACGCGAGAGUCCUCAGUAGUGAUCAUGAGAGCGGGAAGAGGUUGGAAGGAUUGGGAGGAAUAGCUGCGAUAUUAACCUUCCCAUUGGAGGAUCUAGACGAGGAAGAAGAGGAGGGCGAAGAUUCUGUCCCGAAUGAAACAGAACAAGGGUCUAUAAUAUGA